AUUAUACAAGUAAGCUUACUUCAACGGUGGGGGACCAUAAAAUAGUUGGUCGACGGUUACAGUUAGGGUUAAGGAAGACCAGAGGAUUUUUUACAAGCCCAUCUGAAGAAACUGAAGAGGGGAGGAAGAGUAGUCAAGACAACCAUAACUAGUAACAUCCUACAUUAUUACAAUGGAAGAACCAGAGCUACAACACUCUCAGAAUGGGGGUUUUGAAACUCUUCCCACUUCCACUAACAUCACUGCCACUGAUAAUAACACCACCACUGCCAACUUUAACGAUCAUACGAAUGCUGAUGCAACGCACAAUGGAGAUGCUUCUGUGGCAGAUCAAAGUUCUGUUCAGACCCAACAAGAUGCACAACCAGUGGAGACGACAAUAAUCCCUACAGAAGAAGAUAGAUUAUGGGGUAUAGUAACAAAAAAUUCAUCAGACUUUACUUCAUGGACUUCUCUAAUUCAAGAGACAGAAAAGACGGAAAGUUUGGAAAAGAUUUGCAAAGUAUAUGAUGCUUUUUUGGCAGAGUUUCCUCUAUGUUAUGGGUACUGGAAAAGAUAUGCUGAUCAUCAUGAGGCACUUGUGGGUAGUCCUGAUAAGGUUGCUGAGGUCUAUGAGCGAGCAGUACAAGCUGUGACAUACUCUGUUGACAUUUGGAUGCAUUACUGUGCCUUUGCGACAUCAAAGUUUGAAGACCCAAAUGAUAUUCGAAGGCUAUAUGAAAGGGGUUUGUCAUACGUACAGAUGGACUAUUUAUCACACCUUCUCUGGGAUAAGUACAUUGACUUUGAAUAUUCACAGCAAGAAUGGAGUCGUGUGGCACAAAUUUACACCCGAAUCCUGCAGACACCCAUUCAACAACUUGAUCGCUACUAUGAAAGCUUUAAUCAACUUGCUAACUCUCGGCCUUUGGUGGAGUUACAAACAGCAGAGAAUAUCUCUUCAGCGCCUGCAGCUGUCCUUGCAGAUACAAGUGGGCAAGGACCUGAAGGAACCACUGACAGGGAAGCUGUCAAGCCUGGUGGUACCAGUCCAUCAGAAAAAGAGGAAUUGGAGAAAUAUCUUGCAUUUAGAGAAGAAAUUUAUAAGAAAGCAAAAGAGUUUGAUGCAAAGAUCUGUAAUUUUGAAGCAGCUAUCCGCAGACCUUACUUCCAUGUUAAACCUCUUGAUGACAUUCAACUUGGCAAUUGGCAUCAAUACCUUGAUUUCAUUGAGAAAUGGGGGGAUACUGAUAGAAUAGUGAAAUUGUAUGAAAGAUGCCUAAUUGCAUGUGCCAACCAUCCAGAAUAUUGGACUCGAUAUGUCCAGUGUAUGGGAGCUUGUGGCAAGAUGGAGAUAGCAAGCAAUGCACUUGUUCGUGCAACAGAUGUUUUUGUUAAGAGACGGCCAGAGAUUCACAUUUUUGCUGCAAGAUUUAAGGAACAAAUUGGUGAUAUUGAUGGUGCACGCACAGCAUUUCAGACUCUUGUUGAGUUAGCUCCUGAACUUGUUGAAGCUGUUGUUAAACAUGCAAACAUGGAGAAACGCCUGGGAAACUUUGAAGGGGCUAUGUCAAUCUUUGAAAAGGCAAUUGAACGAGAAAAAGGAAAAGAAGAAUCACGUACAUUGCCUCUGCUUAUCAUUCAGUACACUCGCUUCCUUCACCAGUUGGAAGACAAUGUAGAUAAAGCAAGAGAACUUUUGUUUCAUUCAUUGGAGCUAUUGCCAAAUUCGAAACCUCUCAUAAUGGCAGCAAUUCACUUUGAGUCAACAUCCAGGAGCUCAAGAGCACUUGAUUACUUGGACUCUAUUGUAGACUCUGCAACUAAGUCUGAUGGAUCCCAAAACCUAAGCUCAUCAGAUCGGGAGGAGUUAUCAAGGAUAUUUACAGAAUUUGUUGAUGUCUUUGGAGAUAUAGAUGCUGUUAGAAAAGCUGAAGCUCGUCACAAACAAUUAUUUCCAGUACGCAAGACUCACGCAGUUUCUAGAAAACGUACUUUAGCAGACAGCAGCAUCUCAGACAAGGUUAAAGUACUUAAGACAAGCACAUCUUCUGAGUCUCCUGCACUAUCUAAUACUUACCCAAAUGGGCAAUCCCAGUGGGGUGCUGGCUAUGGUGCUCAAGGUUAUGCUCAGCAGCCUCAGAAUUGGCAGCAUGUACCUCCUCAACAAUCACCUUAUGUACAACCUCAACAAUGGAAUCCUGGCUAUGAUCAACAGGGAGCUUACAGUUCAUAUGGGGGCUAUGCUAACUACAGUCCUCAACAGCAACAGCCACAACAGCAACCACAAAGUUAUGGUGGUUAUGGUCAAGGAUAUCCUCCACAGCAAAAUUAUGGGCAACCUGCACCUCCAUACACGGCCCCUCAGCAGCAACCUUCUGCACAGCCAGGCUAUUAUGCUGGGGGGUAUUAUUGAGGCACUGUAAAGUUCUCUAGAGUUCUUGAAAACAGUUCUCUAUAUUAUUUCAAGUUUCAACUUCUUGUUCAUUUCGACAGUUCUCUUUUACUAAGAGAGAAUUACAGAAGGUUGUUUGCUGGAUGUAACUGCAAGAACAAUUUCAGUUCUCUUAGCUGCAUUAUUUGGUGAGCGCUUGUCUAAAUAACCAAAUGAGCAACAGGAAAUUUGACAAUAUUGUCUUACCAGGAUGAGGAAUGUUUACUUAUGAACUAUCUUAUAUCUUUCCUUUUUUCAGUAUGCUGAAAGCGCAAAUAUUUGCAUUGAAAUAUGGUACUUAAUUAUCACUGAGAUCAAUUAUUUGGAGAAUGUAUAUGCCUAGAUUUAAUGUUUCUCAACUCUUGUUUAAA